AUAAUUUAGAAAAGAGUAUGAACCCAAAAAUCGUUCAGUAUGAGAUAAAAUCAAAAAAAAUCGGCACAAAGAAAAUGGAUAGUGAUGAUACGGAAAUGGAUAAUGAUAAUAUAGAAAUGGAUGAAGAUGAAAUAAAUAAUUCAGUGAAAAUUAAAUCAAUAAUAGAGACAAUUGAUAUUCUAGAAAAUAUUUUACAUAAGGUUUUGAAAAAAAUUUUAAAAAUGAAUAUAAAAGAAUCGCAACUUGAGAUAGUUUCAUUAAUUUUAAAAUUUAUUGAUCAAAGAAAGGAUUGGAUAGAGACAACUAAUGAUAAAAUAAAAGAUAAGACAAAUAGCAAAAGAGAUGAAUUUGAAAAAAACAGCAAAAUAAGCAAAUUAAUUGACAAAUUAAAGAAACAAGAAAACAGAGAACCAAAUCGAAAAUAUGAAAGAAUAUUAAAACCAUUUAUAAUUCUAGUUUAUCUGAUUUUAUUACCAAUAUUAAAAGUAAUUUUUUAUCCUUUGCGAAAAGUUAUUGAAAUCAUUGGGGAAUUCGUUGUUAUGAAAGUAAAGAUUUACUGUGCAAAAGAAAAAAGAAUUAAUAUUCUGAAGAAUAUUUUAAAGAAUAUAAAUGUCGCUGAGGAUAAAAAUAGAAAACUAUUAUUAAAUAUUGCAGAAAGUAUCGCAAAAAAGAGUGCAAUAGAAAUUGCAAAAGAAACAAAUUAUAACAUAACUGAGAGUUAUUUAUGGAAUAAUGAUGAGUUGAGAACAAUAGUUACGAAUCAAAACCUAUAUAAAGAAAUGUUUGCAGUAGAUAAAAAAGUAAGAAGAAUAGACAAACUUCAAGAAGAACGCUGGACAAAAGAGGUUCAUUUGAUAAUUCCGCCCAUAGAGUGCGCUGAAAUAAUUAAUGACACUGAUUUUGAAAGUAGCGAUACAGAUCACAAUGAAUUGCACGAAGAAUCCUUAAUUAUUAAACCUGUAAGAACAAUUAUUAGAAGGUUGAUACCAAAGAGAAAAGACAAAGAUGAUGAACUAGAAGAAUCAGUAGAAUAUUAUGAGUGCAUUGGUGCGAAUGUGGGCUUAAUCAGCUUUUUUAUAUUAUUAGAAAAUCGUGUAGUUUACUCGCCGAUUAUAAAAAGUUCUCAAGAGCCUGCAGAAGCCAAUAUUCCAUUUUAUUAUCCAAAAGUAUCAUGUCUUAGCUAUGUUUAUUCAGAAUAUAAGAGAGUUUACAAUACAGAUAUGGCAGAUUACAAUGGUUUAGAUGAUAAUGAUAAUCAAUCUUGGAUAUAUAUUGAGAUUGUUCCUUUAGCGUCAUUUAGCAAUAUGCUUCAUAUCUCUGACAAAAUGGGACAUGAAGGAAUGGGCAUUGAUGUGCGAAAAAGAAAAAUAUGGGAUGUGUUUCAAAAUAAAGGAGCUAAAUUGAUAG